CUUAAUAUAAUGUUUGAGACAAGCACGAGGAGUAAAGACAGCUGUUAAACAUUUAGUUCAUCUAGAUUUAUUUUCACAAAUAAAGCGCAAAACAUAUUGUGAGGAAUAAGAUAAACCAUUCGGACUUUUUGACGAUUUUUCGUUUAAUCAGUAAGAAAAACUAUGUCACUUACGUUUGUAAAAGUUUCUUUGUUCUUACUUUUACUAAGACAGUGUUCAUUGUUUAGUUUUGAGUAUGCCUUGAAAAAAGUUGAUAGUCUUGAAGCUAGAGUGGUUGCUCUGGAGACGGUGGAUCAUUUAAGGCGUCUUGAAAUCGAUGAGAUUUUUGGCCAAUUUUCUGAAUUCACCAAGAAAUUGAGAGUAAUGAAUAUCUCGUUACUUUCGACAAAUAUAAGUAUGGACGUAAAAAAUUGUAAUAAUUCAGUUGUGAGUACAGAUGGACACACACUAAGUUACCUGGUUAAAGGAAUGGCUGCGGAGAAACUGUUGAGCUACAAGAACAGACAGAAUCUUGAGAGAUUGAUAAGUUACUUACAAAAUCUUUUUAGUGACCAUGAGAAUAAGUUUGAAGAGAUGACGAAAAUGUUAAAAAGUGAAAUUGAUCAAAAUAGAGAAAAUCUGAUAAAUGGCCAAGCUUUAUUGGCAGACACAUGUGAUACCAUAAAAGAAGGUUAUAGAAAUGAAAUGGCCUCUUUAAAGGCUGAAUUUGAGCAAAUGGCGUCUUCAAAGGCUAAAUUUGAGCAUGCACAGAAGAAAAUGAAGAACGAAAUAGAAUUGUUGAAAGACGUAACAAAGAAUCAUAGGGCUAUCGAGAUAGAAUCAUGCAUAGAUUUAUUACGUCAGUUCGUUAGUGGUAUUUAUGAGCUAAAUAAUGGUCUGAAAGUUUAUUGUGAUCAAACUACUGAUGGCGGAGGUUGGAUAGUUUUUCAGCGUCGUGAAGAUGGAACUGUAAAUUUUGAACGCACAUGGGAUAACUACAAAACUGGAUUUGGAGAUUUAUUGCACGAGUUUUGGCUAGGAAACGAUAAUUUAUAUGACCUUACAGAACAUGGUAACCACGAGUUACGUAUAGAUAUGGAGGACUUUGAAGGUAAUAAGGCUUAUGCUAAAUACAGUCAUUUCAAAGUUCAUGGAGAAGUUGAUAAGUACAGGCUUGAAGUGAGUGGGUAUAGUGGGAGUGCUGGCGAUUCACUCAUCCGUCAUAACAAAAUGGCAUUUUCUACAGUAGACAGGGAUAAUGAUCCGUACACUGGCAAUUGCGCUAAGGAUUACAGAGGUGCGUGGUGGUAUUAUUCAAGCUGUCACCAUUCAAAUCUCAACGGAUUUUACUACCAUGGGUCGGGUUCACCACAUGGGAAAGGUGUUACAUGGUUUCAUUGGAAAAAAUCUUAUACGUAUUCCCUAAAAUUUGUCGAGAUGAAGCUACGAUCAACUUAAUCUAAUUGAAUGUUUUGUAAAAGUAUCGAGAUUCAUAAAAUUUGGAAUAAUACAUCUUCGCCUGUACACGUGUCUAAUGAAUAUUUUUUACAAUGUACAAAUGUAUAAAUACAUUCUUGCAAAGUUUUGAUGCAGACAGUCACGCAGUGUUGAUGCUACAUAAUGAAACUUGUUGUGAAAAAGUGUACACUUACACGAUGAGAUAAAUGCAUGGAUACAUUCAGUUGUACAUUUUUAUAUCAUAGAGCGCAUGUUGGAAACACAUCAUUGGAAUACUCUUUUAUGCCUUACAUUUAGAUGAAUGUCUGGUAAAUUAAAUCAUAAACUACAAGAAAAAGUGUAACGUGAUGUAACAUAAUUAAAAAACGCUACAAAAUUCCAAAUUAACGGAAGCAAUUAAGCGAGAAAUGCUUUUAAAAGUACAAUUUACGUUAAAAGUGUAUUAAAUAUAAGCACCUCGCAAUAAUUUGAAUGUACUUAUUGGAACUCGUUGCAUUUAUCAUUCUAAAUCGCUUCUCUCUAUUCCCCUAUUAAACAGUCCUGUCACUCAAGUGCAUAUUUCUAGGAAAUAUGUACAAAGUAAAUAAAGGAAUGUCUACUUUUCAUACGAAAUUCAAUACGUUGAUUUCAGCUCUUACACACAAAUAAGAACAUUAAGCUGGUGAUGACCAAUAUAGAAAGAAUAAUGGAAUAUUUGAAAUGUUCUACGAUCAACUAUAAUGGUUGUCAGCAUAUAUUUGGCGAUGGAUACUACAAGUGUAUAAUAUAUGAAGAAGAUAUUUGUUUGUUUUGUGUCACAUCGACACAGUAUAGGUCAUAUCGCGACGUCCCAGCUUUACUGGUGGAGGAAAACCUCAGCAUUAUUUCAGGCACGAACAGGCACCUGAGUAGAACCUCUGACGUUCCGUAAGCUAGCUGGAUAGCUUCCUCACAUGAAAGAUUCCAAAGUCCCUGUCGGGAUUCGAACCCACAGCGAUGAGGGACAAGUGGUUUGAAGUAAACGACCUUAACCACUCGGCCACGGACGCCCCUAAAGAAGAUAUAUAAUAUACAAGCACAUGUAUAGAAAACUGACGUUUAUACAAGGACGUACGACUUCAUUAUAUUAUCUUUCUAUUUAAAUUAAAAAGAUAUUUCAAGAAAAUACUGUUUCGUUUCCAUACGAUGCAAAUACAUAUUUUGUAAAUUGUAGCUAU